AUGUCGGUCACCAAUGAACACCCACUGGCAGCUUCACCCGCAUCCGUGCCCUUCCCUUCGCCUCCCCUGUCACCGUCUGACCGCCAGGCCGACCUGAAUGCGUUCGAAGCGGACCCAGCUUAUCGUGGUGGUUUCUUGGCCUCGUCGCUCAGUCGCAACGAGGAAGCGGACCCGUUGCUGCUCAAGAGCAAGAUCCAGAGCGACGAGCACCUGACCGAGCUGCGGAGACGUCGAAAGGGUGGCAAGGUUUUGGACAGCUUCUACACGUCAGUCAUCAUCGCCGUCAUCGUCGCCUUGCACCGGGCCCGCAUCGCGGCCGGUCUCAGUCCGGAGUUCGCAACCGACGUCGAGCCGAAACCGAGACUGACUCGCAUGAACACGUGGUAUUCGUCGUCCUACGCAGUCGUCAGAAUGACCAUAUCACGUCGCUGCUCAAACCGAUGGACAAGCACAUCCAAGAAGCCGCAGAGGAGGAGGAUGCGAAUCGGUUGCCCGUGAGCCUGCUGAACUUCAAAUCACCGCCGCCAGGUGCCAAGCGCCCCUGCCACUGGUCGGCGCACGUGUGAGGAGGAGGACCGAGGGCCUGGCAGGUAUACAGCCUGGACUGGGCUGAGCCGAGUCGAGCGAUUGCGGCAGGCCCAAAAUCUAUGCUGUAUUACUUACAAGCUACGCCCACUAACUCCGGUCUACUUUCGACAUGCCGCGACGUACAGAUCAAGGUGAGCAUGCGGCUUGGCGGGGGCCCAAAGCGCGGACGAGGAUGCUGAACUUUUCGUCUGGGUAAAAUACACUUUACCCUCAGAUCGCCAUUUACGGCUCAUUCAUCUGCAACUGCGUCCUCGCCAUCUUGCAAGUCUAUGCUGCUAUUUCUUCGCUCUCCCUGUCCUUCUUCGCGACAAUGAUCGACUCGGUCUUUGACCCCAUGGUACGUCGUGUCGAAUGUGGUAUCGACUAGAUGGAGAUCCUUGCCCCAACCGACUGACCCCGUGUGCGCAAAAUGUCUCGUCGGGCGUAGGCCAACCUUGUGCUACUGUACUGUCAUCGAACAGCUGCUAAGGUCGAUCUCGUCAAGUACCCCUCGGGGGGAAGCAAGUUCGAGACAAUUGGUCCGUCCACUUUGCCGAAGAGAUCAACGUGAUUGAACUCAGAUUUUAAGCUGACAUACCACACUCGCUUCAUAAUUUCUGACAGGUGACAUCACAUACUCGGCUGUGAUGGGAGCUGUCUCGGUGGUACUUGUCGCAUUUUCGGUUCAGGAUCUUGCCAAAGGCGAGUCAGAUAAAUCGAUCCACGUCCCCGCCAUUAUCGCUGUCGGAAUCGCCUUUGGUAUGUGAUCUCCCCGAGACAUGAGGGCCAGGAUGCAUUGCACUGACGAUCUAGCUUCACUCCCACCGAAUCCGUUGCAUAGUCACCAAGCUCGCCCUUUUUCUGUACUGCUACAGUCUGCAAAGCAAGAACUCGCAGGUCCGAGUACUGUGGGAGGAUCACCGUAACGACUUGUUCAUCAACGGCUUUGGGCUCUUCACCAACGCCGCCGGUGCCAAGAUCGCGUGGUGGAUCGACCCCAGUGGUGCUCUUAUCAUCUCGUUCGUGCUCAUCUUUGUGUGGGGGCGAACGAUUUACAAGCUCUUCUCGUACCUUGCCGGUGUCGCUGCGCCGAUCGAGUUCCAGCAACUCGUCAUCUACAAGGCCAUGACAUUCGCGCACGGGAUCGAGAAGAUUGAUUCUUGCGUCGUUUACCACGCUGGACCGGACUACAUCGUCGAGGUGGACAUCGUGAUGAGCUCCGAGACGCCGCUGUGGAAAGCGCAUGACAUCUCGCAGGCGUUGCAGGACAAGCUCGAGGAGUUGCCCAAGGUCGACCGCGCGUUCGUUCAUGUCGAUCACGAGACAUCACACAAGCCUGUGAGUGUUCAGAGCUUGCUGGCGAAAUCCCUUAUUACGCGAUAAGACCUAAAGCGAGAUUCAAUGGCUUACAGGAACAUCGCAAGAGGAUCUGAUGGUGCGAAUACCUGCUUCCUUCCGUCCCACCCCGUCCAUCGCGAUUUGGUCGCAGCCAAGAAUAUCAGGUUCGCGGGCCUCCAUUGCCUCUUCUGCGAUCACCACCCCUUCAAGCAGUAUCAUUAA